UAAGCCAACAAGUGUCCCACAGUAUUUUCAGUGACAAGUUACUUUUCUAUAGAUAUCCUCUUCCCUGAAUACCUGUCCUGACCUCAGAGCUAAGAGAGUGUCACCUGUCUGGCUGUGGGACUUGGGUACAGUUGGCUGAUCUGACUUUAAAGCUUUAGUAGGUUAUGCAAUGCUCUCAAGGUCACUGGCAUCAGGUGGAGUUGAGAGCUCUUUCCUCUUACACAGCCUCGUGAUUGCUGCCCAUGGACUGCCCUCCAUCAGGACACCCUGUUCCUUAUGUUGGCAUUAAGAGGGAACUCUGAGUUUUCAGCUGGAGUUUAGUGGCACAGCAGUGAAACCAGGACACUUUCAGAUGCUUAACUGAUGCAUUUUUCAUGGCAGAGUGAGUCUUAACCUUUUGAUCUGGGACUGUUGAAUAAAGGACAAAUUCUCAGCGCCUCUGAGAUUCUCUGAGGAAAUCCAGGUCUAGAUGGUAAAUGCUGGUGGCAGAUACUGGAGGCUGAUCUCCUUCUGAGUGUCACAGAUUUAAGUUCUUGGUAGAGAUGUCCUGAGCUGUGCCUGGCCUUAUUAGGGGUGUUUUGUGUUCUUAGUGACAGCCAAGAGGAAAAGUAAAUGCCAGAGAUUAAAAGCUCAAGUGUUCCAUGUGCUGAGCUGUCCUGUGUGAGCAGGGAGGAACCACUCCAAAGUUGUUUAACUCCCUUUAAGAAAUAAGUCUUUUAGACUGGUGCUGUGUUGCUCUGGGUGGAGAAGCAGCAGGUGUGCUCUGUCUUUGACCCAGCUUGGCAAAGUGCUGCUUCUGCACCUGAGGGGCCUGGCUGUCUCUGGAGCAGCUUUUCCUGGUGAUGGCUGUGGACAGUCCCUGCAGGGCCACUCUGGAGUGCUGCAGUGGGAAGCAGACCCAUCCAGUGAUACAAGUGCAGAGCAGACCCUUCCUGUGGCUUCCUGAGGCUCAGCUGUGCUGUCUGGACAAGGAACCUACGGACAACUCUGAUGAGGAUGUAGCGCUGCCUUCCCUGCAGGUCCCGCCGGUGCCGUGGCACAGCAACCUGCCUUGUGCAGCACCCCAGACCCUCUCUGAAACAGCCUCCCUUCCUCUGCCUCCUGCCAUGGCCCUGGGCUUCACCGUCCUGCUCCUGCUGGGGAUGCUGGGCACGGUUUCCAGGGCUCAGCCCGUGCUGACACAGCCGCACUCCGUGUUCGUGCUGCCCGGGCAGACAGCUCGGCUCUCCUGCACCCUGAGCCCCCAGUACAACAUCAGCCAGUUCGGCAUCUCCUGGUACCAGCAGCGCCCGGGGCACUCCCUCAGGUAUCUGCUCUAUUACAACUCCGAGCGAGACAAGCACAAGCCUGCCAAGACUCCCGACCGCUUCUCGGCCACCAAAGACCUCGCCAGCAAUGCCUGCAUCCUCUCCAUCGCCUCCGCCUGCCAGGACGACAACGGCACCUACUACUGCUCCCUGUCCCCUGCCUUCAAAUGGCUCUAGAGACGGGAACUAAAGCUUUCCGCGCUUUCCUUGGCGGCCUUGACGUGCUCUCAGCAGGGAGAGCAGCAGCCCUGGCAGGGGUGGGAAAAAUCCAUCUUUGCACGCUUGAGCAGGCCCGGCAGCGCUGCCUCGUGCUGGGAAGUGCAGGAACCUCCUCUUUGUCCCCAAUGUCCCCAAUGUCCAUGGGGCAUUAGACAGCCCCACACGGGAAGAUGGAGGGCUCGGCUGUGGCCUGGCUUCCCUGGGCUCUUCCAGCACGAGGCUCGACCUGGCUGGGGCUUCCGCAGAGUUUGGCUCACCUGGUA